UUUUAAUAAAUAUAUAGUUAUAUCGGUGUUAAAUGUCUUACGUUGUCAGAAUUGUUCCUCAAUUGUGCAUUGGAAAUUGCAUUGUGCACAUGAAUUAUAUUGUUCCAUGCGAUUCUAUAAAUAGUCAGGACAAUGAACACUGGAGCACUUAAAUACUCUGGAAAUUAAACAUUUGAGCCAGAUAAAUAUAUAAGUUAUUAAUAAAACUAUGUAUAUGUAUAUAUGUGUGUACAAUUAACAAUGUAAAACAAUGGCUCUAAACGGGUUUCUGGAAUUCUUUCAAAAGGGCAAGACAUUUCGUCCCAGAAAACGAUUUACGGCCGGAACUAUUAAGUACUCCCUUCACAAACAAGCUCAAGCUAGUCUACAAUCUGGCAUAAAUUUACGAACGGUAGUACGGUUGCCCGAAGGCGAGAACAUGAACGAUUGGCUGGCUGUGCAUGUUGUUGACUUCUUUAACCGUAUCAACCUUAUUUAUGGUACUAUUUCGGAAUAUUGCAAUGAAACUACGUGUCCUACAAUGUCUGGAGGCUCUAGAUACGAAUAUUUAUGGGCAGAUGGAGAAAUGUAUAAAAAGCCAACCGCACUUCCUGCUCAAAAAUAUAUUGAGCUCUUAAUGGAUUGGACUGAAGCUCAGAUAAACAACGAAGCUGUUUUUCCUGUUUCCACUGAUGUUCCCUUUCCUAAAACAUUUGGUACGCUUUGUCGCAAGAUAUUAACCCGCCUAUUUCGUGUUUUUGUUCAUGUCUAUAUCCAUCAUUUUGACAGAAUCGUCAGCAUCGGUGCUGAAGCGCAUGUCAACGCUUGCUACAAGCAUUUCUUUUAUUUUGUACAGGAAUUCGAUUUGAUACCUAGUAAAGAACUGGAACCAUUGCAAGAAAUGACUUCUAGAAUUUGUAAAGACAAAAAUUAAAUAGAAAUAAGUUUAUUUAUGUACUGCUGCAUUCAUAACAUAAAAAUAUAAUUUACUACAAAUA